GAGUAGAGCGAGGGCAUUUUGCUGGGUUGUUGCUGGUUGGUUGCUGAAGAUGGCGCAAGUAGAGAUGAGUGGGGUUUGCUAAGAGAAACACCGGUCGCUCCAUUUCAGACAUACCGACAAUUUUCAGUGUGCCACCUAUUUGGUGUUCAACUUACUGUUGGUUCUGUGCCGUGUUUUAGUUAAAACCCGGAGUGAGAACGCACCACUAUGCCUCCGACGGGAUGCGGUUCCGGGCGGGAUGAGAUGAAAACCCAGAUCCAGGCAUUGAUCGAUUCGAACCAGGUCAUGCUCUUCAGCAAAAGCUACUGCCCAUUUUGUGUUAAGGUAAAAGACCUUUUCAAAGAGCUAAAUGUGGCUGUUCAUGCUGUGGAGCUUGAUUUAAUUGAUGAGGGAUCAAACUUUCAGGAUAUACUGUUGGAAAUAACCGGCCAAAAAACAGUCCCAAAUGUGUUUGUGAAUAAAACACAUGUAGGGGGAUGUGACAAGACCUUACAGGCUCACAAGAAUGGCAUGCUGCAGAAACUCUUGGAAGGAUCCAAUGAAACCUACGAGUAUGACCUCAUUGUCAUUGGAGGAGGCUCUGGAGGUCUUGCUUGUUCCAAGGAGGCAGCAACAUUGGGAAAGAAAGUCUUGGUGCUUGAUUAUGUUGUUCCCACACCAAAAGGAACGACUUGGGGAUUGGGUGGUACAUGUGUGAACGUCGGCUGUAUUCCUAAGAAGCUGAUGCACCAGGCUGCACUCCUGGGAACAGCACUUAAAGACUCUCGUAAUUUUGGCUGGGAAUAUGAAGAAAAAGUGAAGCACAAUUGGCAGACGAUGAUAGAAUCUAUCUCGAAUUACAUUGGCUCUUUGAACUGGGGUUACCGAGUAGAAUUGAGAGACAAGAAUGUAACAUAUGUGAACUCUUAUGCCGAGUUUGUGGAACCACAUAAGAUAAAGGCAACAAACAAACGAGGCAAAGAGACUUUCCACACGGCAGCUACAUUUGUACUGGCAACAGGAGAACGACCUAGAUAUUUGGGCAUUCCAGGAGAUAAAGAAUACUGCAUUACCAGUGAUGACUUGUUCUCUCUACCCUACUGUCCUGGAAAGACGCUAGUGAUUGGAGCGUCCUACGUCGCUCUAGAAUGCGCUGGUUUUCUUGCUGGAAUUGGUUUGGAUGUCACUGUAAUGGUGCGUUCCAUCCUUCUCAGAGGAUUUGACCAGGAGAUGGCAGAAAGAGCUGGAACUUACAUGAAAGAUCAUGGUGUCAAGUUUAUCAGGCCAUUUGUACCUACAAAGAUUGAACAGUUGGAGGAAGGAACCCCUGGAAAGCUAAAAGUGACUGCCAAGUCAACAGAAAGUGGUGAAAUGAUUGAGGGGGAAUAUAACACUGUCUUGAUAGCUGUUGGUCGUGAUGCGUGUACUGGAAAAAUAGGUCUAGACAAAGUUGGUGUUGAAAUCAAUGAAAAGAAUGGUAAAGUUCCAGUAAAUGAUGAGGAACAAACCAAUGUACCGUACAUUUACGCAAUUGGGGAUAUCCUUGAAGGAAAGUGGGAGCUUACCCCUGUUGCUAUUCAGGCAGGAAAGCUUCUGGCAAGAAGGCUGUUUGACGGCAGGUCUUUAAAGUGUGAUUACGUCAAUGUUCCAACCACCGUCUUUACCCCUUUGGAAUAUGGGUGCUGUGGAUUAUCAGAAGAAAAGGCCAUUGAAUUGUAUGGCGAAGAAAAUAUUGAGGUGUACCACAGCUUGUUUUGGCCCCUGGAAUGUACAGUCCCCAGCAGGGACAAUAACAAAUGUUAUUCCAAGAUUGUCUGCAACAAAUUGGACAAUGAGCGUGUUGUAGGAUUCCACUACCUUGGACCCAAUGCUGGUGAGGUCACACAAGGCUUUGGUGUAGCAAUAAAAUGCGGACUUACCAAAGAAUUGCUUGAUAACACAACUGGCAUUCAUCCGACCUGUGCAGAGGUAUUUACCACGUUGGGUAUUACCAAACGGUCAGGUGCUGACAUCACUCAAAAAGGUUGCUGAGGUUAAACCCUGCUGUGUAACAUCUGCCCACUAUCUGCAAAUUCUCCAUUGGCCUGUGGCUGACUUAAACUGCACUUGAUUUCUCAGGUAAUUUCAGGAAGCAACAAGCAGUAGAAAGUGACAACUUCAGAUUGUGCAGGAUGACCGAGUCAGUUACAGAGGAGAAUUGUUUUAGCAGGGCAGAGGGUUAAACAGCGGGGUUAACUUAGUAAACCUUGACCCUUGGCAUGCUUAGAAAUGCACCGAGUGCCUUUUUGACGUCUUGGCCUGGAACCCAAAAUGUGGUGGGCUAAGACUGAUGACUUCUGAGCAGCAUUUGGGAUUCUUCACGUCCAAUCAGAUGUCUGAGCUUCCUUCUGAGGGGACCUUCAGUCGCACAUAAGAUUUGACCGUCAAUCUUUUUUUUAAAAUAAAAAAUCUAGUCUUUGGUAGAAAUGAAAGACAUGUGUUUAAUUUAUUUUGGAGUUUCAGUUCCAUUUCAUUCUCACUACCUUAUUCAUUCCUACUGAUUUUAGAAGCAGAAAAUGGCUUUUACAUGUGUUACUGUCAAACAUUCCACUGCUGAUACAAUGCAGUUUUAGUAGAACUUAAGGCUGCCACACACCUGACACGAUGCGAUUUAUUAUUAUUUUUUUUCAUUGUGUGAGAAGAUACUUUCACAGCGACAUAAACAUACACACCAGAAGUGACACAGAGGUGAUGCGACAGGUUUGAAGACUGCCAGAUCUAUACAGCUAUUAAAAAUUGCUAUUGACAAAACUAUGAUCUAGACUGGUACACAUUUGUCAACAUGAUGUGGAAAUUGAGAGGAAAUUGAGUGGUAUUUUAACAUAUAUGGCAAUACAUAUCAGGCUUAUCCAUUUCCUUUGAAAUGGACUCCCAUAUAUUGUCUUUCUAAAUGUGUAUUUUUCCAGCGGCAAGUAUUAUUUUUUCCUUCCGCAUCACCUGGUGUCGCCUCUGGUGUGAAAGAUACUUAACAAAAGUAUAGGUUCUAUUCAUUUUGUGGGUAUCUGGUGGGAAGCAGCAUUUAUAUGAACUAGAAUGUAGUUUGGCAUUUUUCAUGUAAGGGGAUUCUUAAGUUGUCUCUGCAGGUGCUGUAUACACUUAUUUUCUCUUCAUUAAGCAAUUUUCAGUUUAUUUACUACCCUUAACAUAUAUACAUACAUAGUAAUAUGUUUGACUUCUGUUUUCUGUCAGAUUAUAAGGAAUGACAUUUCUUCUGUUUCUACCAAAGAAUUUACAGCUGAUUCAUCAGAAGUGAAUACAGCUAAGAUUAGAUGCCUGUAGUUUUAAUAUUUCUAAAUGAUGUGUUAGUGCUAAUAAAUAACAGCUGUGUGGACAUGGCAUUGUAUACAUGUUGAAAUAAACAUGUCUUCAUUGCUUUACCAUGUUUUGUCAAUAAAUUGUCUCAAGGUAAAUUAUGAAUGUUUGAAAAAAAAUGUAUCUUUUAAAAUAAGUGUUUAUGACAUGAAUACCUUGUUUUAAAAAUCUGAUCUUGCUACAGUGUUACUGGCAUAUCUUGAGCUCAUUAAAGCUGAAAAACCUGCAA